GCACGUGGAGGGGUAUAAGCCUAAACCUCUUUUUUUCUCGAGAUAGAAUAGAUAUCUGAGACGUUUUUCUUUGCAAUUCAUUCACACUUGCAAUUGCAAUAAUCAAAAUCCUACAAAAGAUUUACAAUUAAUUUUUUUUAUUUUACUUGGAUUGGAUGAGCUAGGGUUUCUUGUGGCAAGAGAGUAACCCUGAUUCUCUUGUUUGGGAAGAUUUGAUAUCAUUUCGAAAUCAAAAUUGGAAACUCUGUACGAAGAUGGCCACUGGGAAAAUCAGAAUAACCAAUUGGCUCCAAAAGAAGAUCACUGAUCCCCUCCUCUCCAUUGUUCGCAGAGGAGCUGAGCCAAAGCAGUUGGCUUUCUCUGCUGCUCUUGGUAUUACACUGGGAGUAUUUCCCAUAUGUGGGGUCACGGUAUUCCUAUGCGGGAUGGCCAUUGCAUUGCUUGGAUCAUUUUGCCAUGCUCCAACUGUGAUGCUUGCAAACUUUAUUGCUACUCCAAUAGAGUUGAGUCUUGUUGUACCAUUUUUACGCUUUGGGGAAGUUAUUUCUGGUGGAUCUCAUUUCCCUUUAACAUCUGAUGCUAUAAAGAAAGUUCUUAUUGGUCAAGCUUCACGUGAAGUCAUAUUAAGUGUUGCCCAUGCGUUAAUAGGGUGGCUGGUUGCAUCACCUUUUAUUUUGGGAGCUCUAUAUAUAGUACUUUUACCAUGCUUCAAAAUUCUGGUUCAUAAAUUCUCUAGUGUUCCUUCAAGUCCAAAGAAGGCCCUCCAUCCACACUCCGAAGGAAAGACGAAGGUAAGGAAUGUUUGAUAAAAUAGUAGAUAACGAGGUCAUAGUCACAAAAUCUCGUUGGUGAGUGAUAAGUCAUUUGUUCAUAUGUUUGUCAUGAUACAAAUUGUACUUAAUUAACAAAGACUUGUCAUUGUUUAUAAUGUUGAGAUUAACUUAUAAAAGAUACAGGCCAUCGAGUCCAUUCCGUGCCAGGGUUUCUUAUACAUUAUAUAUUUUACAUUUAAACACGUUACCCAAUUUGUACUCGUUAAUAUCCCAUGCAAUAUAUUUUACACUUUCAACACAC